AUGUUUUUUAAUCACGCGCCCCAGAUUGGUCUCUUCUGUUGUUGCGUAAGUGCAGCGCAUCGGAUAAUGCUCCUAGUUUUCACAGCAGUGUUUUCGUCAGUUGCUUGUAUUUGUAUACUAGUCGAUAAUCUCAUUAAUGUGUUUCCCCGCAAUUGGAACAGGGUUUCUUUAAAUGUAUCUUUGAUUUAUUUAUUGAACGGGAAGCUAUCUUAGUUUGGGCCUCAGCCCGGACGUAUUCGCGCCGAAUAGCUUAUGUUAGUAUAGACGUGGUCACGUCCCUUCGGUGGCUUGUCUUUCCAACUACAUCGUCGAACUCAUUUUUAAAGAUAUUCUUGGUGUUUCCUUUCUCGGUGUUCGAAAUACAAAUUAGCCCUGGGUGAAAGCUGAGUAGUUCGUGUCCGGAGAGCUUACCUCCUAGGAUGAGGUAAUGUUUUUUGCCUUUUUUCUGGUUGGCUGACGGUGGCCGGUGUGUGAGGCAUGAUGAGGGUCUGCAGCCCCAGAUUCAACAGGAUUUAUUUGGAGAUUACCUCUGAGAUACACUUGUCAAAGACUGUCCGUCCGACCCGCUUGCUGUGGCCCUCAUGUCCAUGACAUAGGCGAUGGGAAAUUAUCGAGCAUUCUAAACGGUGCAGAAAUGACGCAAACUUUCUGUUUGCAUGGGAGGCGGUGAUGGAAGCGUUGGUUGACUUCUGUGUCCAUUUCUUGAGACUGAUUGAAGGGUAUGUUGUACGAAAACGUAGGCCAUCAAAAGCAAUAAGCGCUCUUUAUCUAAACCAGUCUGCAUCCGUGUCAUGAAUGCGUAUCCAGCGGUGGCUGCAUGACGUCAUGGUGUUGAAAAGAAACAAAUCCACAAUCCGUAUGGUUACACCUGUACCGUCUACUCUGUCUGUUUCACUGAAACAAUGUUAGGUCAGUUUGACAAUCCAGAAAAUUUCCUAAUACGUACUGUGACUUGUCGCAGCGAUAUUUGGCCUUAUGCAUGUCUACUCGUUAUGAAGUUAAGUAUGUUAAAGAACCGCAAACGUCCAUAAGCAAGAAGAAUGUUUUAUUGUGAUGAAUGGUUCCUCUGAAAAUAUGCCUAGUACACAUGAGCUGGUUUUCGAUGUGCGUGUAUCUGUCAGCAGUACUUAUUCAGGUCCUACUACAAAGUGUGAGAUAUAGUUGUACUUAGACAGAAGCCAACUCGGUAUGGUUGACUGUAUUUUCGCGUUACGAGCAUUCCUUAUCGCACUUCGCUUUCCAUGCGUCCUAUAGUAGCUCCCAUUAAGCCCCAUUAAGUCGCUCUUGUUCAUUCACCUCUUGCCUGCAUUCUCACUUGAUUGUCGUUUGGUGUAGCAUGUGCUUAACCUUAUCCUGAGUAGAGGACCACUAGGCCAUUGCGCGAAUUGGUAGUGCUCCUGUGUAAAAUUCCCCACAUAUAUGGAUCCCAACCUGAUCGCGACGUCAAAAAAGGCAUAACACAUAGGACGACCCGCCGGUUGGAAUUUAAUUUAGACCAAUGGUGUCCUCCAACGCAAUUAGCGCCAUCGAAUUCCGCCAUGAUUACCAGCAUCUGACAGACGUCGCGCAGCAUUCAUCCCCGUCUAUCAUGAGUCCCUGCCUGAUCUAGCCGGUCUCAAUGAUGUCACGAACUAUACCUCUCCACGCGUGACAGUCCGCGGCAACAGAUCUGGACAGCUCAACCCUUUCCCUUCGCCAACGAUGAAGACCGAAUACCGAAGGUCCAAGAACCACCUCCAUGUCGUGACGAACUGUAUAGAGCCAGGUUUUGAACUGACCCCCUCUUCGACGUCUCCAAUGGGUCAGCAGUGACGGAUCGAGGGCAGUAACACUGAGCUCCUCAGGUGGACGACGAAGAACAUGCCCGAACCACAGUAGUCUUUCUUGGAUGGCCUGAGUUAUCCUUGCGAUGUUGUCGCAGCGAGCGCGGACUGUCUCAUUUGAGACGAAGUCGGUGAACUUCACUCGAAGGAUGGUCCUCAGAGAGUGGUGGUCAAAUACCUCCAGUUUCCGCUUGUCCUCCAUGCGCAAAGCCCAGCAUUCACAACCGUAGAGAAGGACAGACCGGACAGAUGCACGGUACACGCGAAUCUUACUGGCGAUGGAGAGGUCACGCCGGAUCCAUAGGCAUUUCCGAAGGCUCGAGAAAACCCAGCGAGCAGCAUCGAUUCGGGAGACAAUGUCGUCCUUACUCUGUCCAUUAGGCAGCAGCCUCGCCCCGAGGUAUUUAAAACUGUCUACUUCUUCAAGUUGACAGCCAUCAAUCCCGAGAGGUGCCUUAUCCUGGUCAGGGAUGCAGCUUGAAAACACUUUGAUCUUCCCAGCGUUUAUGGAUAAACCGACCGAUUUGGCGACCUCGUUCACCCCUGACACCAUAGACUGCAGAUCACCAAAAUUUGAAGCAAGGCGAUAUCAUCGGCAUAGUCGAGAUUAGUCAGUCGGUGUCCGGGUGCAAAUUCAACGCCGUCACCCUCUUGUAGGGCCCUCUCUAGGAUCCAGUCACUAACACAGUUGAACAAAAUGGGUGACAGGAUACAACCCUGUCGGACUCCAGACCGAAUACCGAACGGUUGGGAAAGAUUGUUGUGGACCAGGACUCUCGCAGUAGUGGAACGACAAUAGGCCUUGAUCAUGGCGAUGAUUUUUGCCGGUACACCAUCUAGCGCCAUUAUCCGCCACAGGGACUCACGAUGAACGGAAUCGAACGCGGCGGCAAAGUCAAUGAAGCAGACGGCCGUCGGUUGUUGGUAGCUAUGGCAAAAUUCGAGAAUGCGCAUCAGUGUGAAUAUCUGGCCAGCACAUCCACGUCUAGCACGAAAUCCUGCUUGGUAAGCCUCGGCCUUGAGUCACGCACAGCCUGGAAUCGCCUGAGUAGGACAAUAGCGAAGAUAUUCACAGCAACGUCGAUGAAACGUAUGCCGCGGUAGUUCUCGCAUCUCGUCUUAUCUCCCUUCUUGAGGAUAAGUACAAGGAUGCCUAAGCCCCAGUCAUCAGGACGAACCUCGUCUCUCCACGCUCGUUCAAUCACCUCAUGGAGUUAGGGCGCCAGAGUGUCAACACAAGACACAAGAGGGGGGGACGGGGUCGCAUGGCACUGCAUAGGUAGGAGAGGAAGAAACUCCGCUUAAGAGAAGAGCAAGGACGAGGUAGGUUGGGUAUCGAAGUUGGCAUGGUGCUCAAAGUGCUCAAGCCAGCGCUCGACUUUGGCCGAGUUAUCAGCAAUAAAGCCGUCGUUCACGUCACGAACAGAGUCACUCAGUGUAGAGGACUUGCCGCUAACUUGGCGGAUCAGUUGUUAGAGCUUUCGAGUGUCGCCAACGUUCGAAGCCUGUUCCACGGAGGUCGCUAUUUCAGCCAAUAUUGCUUCCGGUCAUCCCUGGCCGAUUUUGCCGUCAUCUUCCGAAGUUGGCGAAAGCAGCCAUCGUUAUCCGACCUGGCUCGAGCCGUCUGAGCAGACAACUGCAGGGUUCUUCCGCUGAUCCAGUCACUGCGGCGUCGCUGGGUGUAUCCAAGGAUUUUCUCAGCUGCCCCAUAGACUGACGUCUUCAGUGACAACCACUGGUUACUGACUUCUCCGUCGGCUCGGGUCGUAAAACAGGUCCGGAUUUCUCUGGUUAGGGCCUCGGCAGUGCUGGUUUGCCGAAUUUUUGCGACAUCGAGGCGUAUAGGACGUGGCAUUUUUGGCGCGGAUGAGAGAUGAACUUUCAAGCAUGUACGGACGAGGAGAUGGUCCGACCCAUGGGCGUUACCAGUCUCGGCACCACGCAUCGAUCUGCUAUCGUGAAUCCAGCUGCGGAACCUUGAACUGACUAGUAUGUAGUCAAUCUGAUUGGCCGUAUGUCCGUCGUUUGAAUACCAGGCCAGCACAUGUUUUUUGCGAUGCUGGAAACAUGUGUUGGUGACAAGCAGUCGGUUUCGAUCAACGAAGUUCAGCAAUCUCUCACCAUUUUCACAUCGAGAACGAAGCCCAAAGCGGCCAAGAAGAUGACUGGUUGUGCGGUCGCCAGGCUCAGUUCGACCAUUCCAAUCGCCAGCAACAAUCAGCAGAUCGCGGCGAGGCAGUCUUUCAACUAACGCUUGCAACUGCGAGUAAAACGCAUCUUUAUCGCGCUGUUCGGCAGCCGAAGUUGGCGCGUCCACAGGGACGUUUGAAUGUUCGUAAAGUGACCGUUCAGUCGCACGUAGGCCAUCCGGUCAUUGACUGGUUCCCAAGCAAGUAGCGUGAGGUCCGCUUGUUGUGAUAGGGCGGUCGCCAAACCGUGUCGACCGGCGCGGGCCGCCGUGGCACUGAGUAAAGUGUGAUUCGACUCCAGGGAUCUUUAUUUCACGGGAGCCUGAGUCAGGGAUUCGAACUUCAAACAGACAGCAGACAUCUACGUCGUGCUGAUGAAGGCUGCGUGUGGUCAGACUUUGGGUACCGGGGUCCAGGAACGUUCGCACAUUCCAGCAUUGAAUACCGAGAGAUCGUCCCCGAUUGAUUAGUCCAGCUCGCAUACUAUUCGCCCGCACCACUGGACCAGCAUUGUGGACGCCGUAGCAUGGGUCGUAAUACUGUGGUCAGACAUAUUUCAUGAGGUUUCUUGGGAAGUUCGAACACGGGCGGGUCCUCAACAACCGCUCAGAUUGUCUGUUCGAAGUUGUCUCCUCUAGCGCUUUAGCUUAUAAGCCUAACCACAAGGCAGCGGUGGCAAGCAAACUUAUUUAAUGGCGGUUUACGGUCGCCAUGUCACAAUGCCGUUAUUGGGUUUUGCGGCUUUUUACAAGGCUUUCAGCGUGCCAGACCUCAGCCCACCGCACCCUGGUAGCAAUGUCGCUGCUGGUCCGCGACUGCUUAUUCAUCAGACCUGGAUCUGCUUAUUUCGCAUCUAACCGUCACUGAAGGUCGUCCCAUUAUCCGCCACCUGUGGACACGCCAGGCAGCCAGCAGCUAGGCUAACGGGCAACCCGUCUUCCCGGGAUUAAUGACUGUCAGAUUGAAGAACUAGGUAAUUUCAAAUACCCCGGAGCCGGGCUACUGCCGAAUGGAUUGAGUAGGACGAUACAAUCUCUCGAAUCGGUACUGCUCGCGGGGUCUUGACAAUCCUUGGGGAAGUGUCAAUGGCCCCGGCGCGACAUAGCCAGUGUUGCAAAGAUACACGUGUACUGGGCAUCUGUCCGGUCAGUCCUAUUAUUAUGCUUAUGAAUACUUGGUUGUGCGCGUGUGAGGUGAGCAAAGCCUGGAGGUGUUUGACUUUCGCUACCUGAGGACUGUCCUUCAAGCGACGUACACCGACUUCGUCUGAAAUGACACAGUCGGCACUCGCUACGACAUCGCAAAGACAUCUCAGGACAUCCAAAAAAGGCAAAUGAGGUGGUUUUGGCACCCUCUUCGUUACCCACUUCGUGGGAUUUGUGUUGCUGCCCACUCGCAGACGUCGAAGAGAAGGCCAACUCAAAACUCGGCUUGGCAUAUUUUACAAAGACAAGGAAGUGAUUCUUUGACAAGGACGGAAAUAUACAUCGUUAUUACUAAUGCGAAAACGUUGGCCCUAAUGCAGUUCACUCAUCUUGGCACUAAUUGCCUCCGUAAACCUUUUUCCCAAGGCCCAUCUGUGGAAACCUUACCAGCGCUUAGGGCAACGUUUUUGGAAAGAAGAUAUAUUACUUUGGGGCACCCCUGCUGCGCUUCCUCAGUUUAAGAAGCCCAAAAACUAUGUCAUCUUAUUGCAAAAUACUCUGCAUAUUUUUUCGUUUUGUUUCUCCGCUGAUGCUUUUGUCCGGACUGGUACUCAAUUACCACUAGUACUCAUUUUUAACACACAACGUCGCCCUUGUUCUGUUACUGUCGUUCACGCUUCAUCAGCCAUGUGUCUUAUAUUCUCCCUGUCCUCUGAUUUCACUCGGUAGCGGACCUCUUCUUAGGUAUAUUUGCAAGUACUGUUAGUUCAUUCCUAGUAGUAGGGAUGAGAACAGGGCUUAACGAGAUCCAAAUGUCGUACAUGACUUGUCUGUUUUUCAUGGUUGGUUGCGCACUCUAUUGUGCAGAGCGGGUUUGAAUCUGCGUCAAGUCAAAUGACUUAGCAUUUCCGACGUAUGGUGUCCUCCUCGUCAUAAGAGGGCACUUCUGGUCACAUAAUAGUGCUGGAUACUGUAGGGUUUUUCUCAUUUUUUAGCUGAGGAGUACUCCAUCGCCUGACGGCAUCAACAUUCUUUGAUUAAAGGAAUUUACCUUGAAAUUUUAGGUUUUUUCGCGUACAAUCUCAACAACGAUGGCCCAGGGUAAGAUGAAGGUGAAGACUGUUGGUGCACAGCUUGCAAAGCACAAACAAAGCGGUGGUUCAGUAAAGAAGAAGAACAAACACCAGCUCAAGAAGGGUGCCCGGGUAAUCAAAUCCAAAUCGAAAGCUCAAAACGCGAACUUGUCGUCAAUGAAGAAGAAUCUCGAGAAAAUGAUCAAGAGCAAGGUUGAGAGUGAGGUUGCGGGAAAAGUGGCAUCGACGGAACCUUUGCCUCUGAAAUUUAUCAAAUAA